AGAUUUGUGGUUCGGUAAAGUCGUGGAAGAAGGCAGCGGUUUCAAGAAUUUUAAGCUGUUCGUUGAUCGAAAAUCGAGGCCUCUUCGCGGUAAGAGGGUAGAGGUGUGAUUUUCCUGAGCUGAUUCGGAAGGUGUUCAUUGCUGUUUCAGCUGACUGGCUCUCCAGAUCGAUUGCCGGCGAUAAACCGAGUAAUUUCAUUGUUUAGCUUAGCUGCUAAGGCCAUGUCUUCCGAUACUGUACCUCCUCUCAUUGCUGCUCAAAUCAAUUACCUGCGCAAUCACUUUCCUCUCCCCUUAAUGAUUGAGAACAUGUGGUCUGGCAGUAGACACUACCCUGGAAUUAUCGAUAGGUUCACCUUAGUCAUACCUUACUGCCUUGAAUUCGUCAAAUGGGACAUCAUGUACGAUGCUGAAUCGCCAUUUUCUGCACCUGAUAUUAUGUUUGGACCAGAAGAUGAAAAUUUCCAUCCUUUCACAAGUAAGGUUGAUGAAGGAGAGGGAUAUCAUGAUUCCUUACAAAAUAGUCUACGUGACUGGAACAGCAAAGAUCCAUCUCGGCUCACUAGCCUCCUUCAAGAACUGAGGGAUCGAUAUGCAUCAUACCAAAGGAAACGGGUUGAAGGAGUUGAGGAUGAAAGAUUGAAGUUUGAACUCUGUACUAUGUUAUCUAGGGAGGGAAUUGAAAUGCAUUUGAGUUCAGGUGUUGAGAAGCCGGAGGAUGUCAAAUUUGCAGUGCCACUAGUAGACAUUAAUAUUAAUAAGAUGAUACCUGGAUGCCCAUGGAGGCACCCACAGAAGAUAUUUUUGCAGGUUUUAUAUCCUGUGGUGAGAAAAUAUGCGUCUACUCCUGCUGCACCUCGUCUGAAAUUGGUCUCCACGUCUGAGUUGAAGGCUCUGUUAUCCAUCGAGGACAUCAAACUUCCUUCAUGGAUAGAUGGAAUGUGCAUGGCUGAAUAUCUUCCCCAUCUAGAAGAGAGUCUUGAGAAACAGGUACUGGAGGCAGUUUCGUUGAUCAAUGUUAGGAGAGGUUUUAUAGAGGCGUUGGGCUCUUUCUUUGGAAGGCCUCUAGAAGCUGAUCCGGUGUUCUGUCGAACGGCUACAGUUAUCGCUGCCUCCGGCGUGUUCACAUUCCUGGUCCAUUUCCUCAUGUCAACCCAAUUUCCAAAGAAACAACCCUCUCUGGUGCUGCAAAGUUCUCAGCAUUUCAACUCUCAAGGUGCACCCAUAAAGUCGCAGCUUAUCACCGACUAUCCUUGGAGUCCUAGGUGGGAGCCAUUGCAAAUGGCUGAGCGGAUUUUCGAGUUUCUGGCUGAUGAGGCUUUGAGCUUCAAGAGGUAUUGCAACGAGGCUCAACUUCAAUGAUUAGAUUAUGAAAACUCUGGUCAAUCUGCCGUAACAUGUAACAGUCCAAUACCAGUUAUGUAUAGUUGGUUUGUUGAGUACUUUUAAAUCUUGGCAUUGUCUGUCUCCUCGAUGAGGAUGAUUCGAAGGUACAUUUUAUCAAGAACUGGAUGUGAGCUUUCAAAUUUAGAGAAUCCGUAUCUGUUAUAAAAGUCGAAUCCAGAAACAAAAGACGACCCUCAACGGGGCUGACCAUGAUUGUUGUA